AUGGAAACACAAUCUGCACAUAUUCUGGAUCAAUCAAGAAAGAUUGAUGAUAUGCUAGCUGUGAUGAUGGAAAUGAAGAAUCAAUGGAAGGAUUCAACUCCUACAGGUUCUAGGAGUAGAGGUAAUCAUGAAACUAAUUCAUUGCAGAAAUCUUUAGGGUAUAAUCCAAAGUUGUCAUUUCCUAAAUUUGAUGGUACUAAUUGCAGAAUCUGGAUUAGAAAAUGUAGCAAGUACUUUAGCUUGUGUAAAAUUGCUGAUGAUCAAAAGGUUGAUUUAGCUUCUUUAAACAUGAAUGAUAAGGCUGAGAGUUGGGUUAGUAGUUAUUUGUCUGCUAGAGGACAUGUGGAAUGGCAUGAAUUUUGUCUUGACUUGGCUGCUAGAUUUAAAGAUACUAGGGGUACCAAUUCUGUAGAAAAGUUUAAUAAGUUGACACAAACUGAUUCAAUUGAGACAUAUCUGGAUGAGUUUGAAGAUUUAAAAUCCGGUGUACUGCAAACCCAUCACAAUUUGCCUGAAGAGUUCAUAUUAGAUAGCUUUAUUGGGGGUCUUGAUCCAGUAGUGAAACCCUUUGUGAAACCUUUCAAACCCAAUACUAUAGCUGAGGCUGUGGAGUUUGUAAGAUUACAAGAAGAACAUAAUUUAGCUUUAAACCAAAAACCAGCCAAAACACAUUCAUACUCACAAAAUUACAAAGCCAUACAAGCUGUCCCUUUGAAUGCCAGUAAACCAGCCUUGUUACCCACUCCUUCUACAAAACCUAUUCCACUUCCCAUCACUAAGUUUCACAAUAGACCAAACAGGAAUUUUAGACAUGUACCUGCUGAUGUGAGGGCUGAGAAAAUAGCAAAAGGCCUUUGUUACUACUGUGAUCAACAUUAUGAUAGGAAUCAUAAAUGUCUUUUGCUGGAACCACAGCUAUUUACUGUGGAGAUUGCUGGCAGUAGUGAGGAUAAAGCAGAUAGCAAUAGUGAUCUAGAAGCUGAAACAGAUGAAGAUGAGGAUGUGAAUGAACCAGUUCUGUCACUGAAUGCACUGUCAGGAAACCAAAACUUUCAAACCAUGAGAGUAAAAGGAUUGAAGGGGUCUAGAGUGUUUCAUAUCCUAGUGGAUUCAGGAAGUACUCACAACUUUCUGGAUUUGAAUUUAGCUAGAAAAAUGGGGUGUUCCAUUGAGAGCAUUCCAGCUCAGCAUGUUACAGUAGCUGAUGGCAAUCAUCUCAAGUGUCAACAUGUCUGCAAAGGGUUUAGUUGGGAGAUGCAAGGAAAAUUGUUUGUGACUGAUGUCAUGCUGAUUGAUUUAGGAGGUUGUGAUAUGGUCUUAGGUGUCCAGUGGUUGGCUACACUUGGACCAAUAUGUUGGGAUUUUAAAGAGUUGAAAAUGGUGUUUGAUCAAGAAGGUGAUCAGUUUACUCUAAAAGGAGUACAUCCACAGAAAGUCAGGUUGCUUGAAGGUCCACCUACAGAGAAACUUAUAGAGAAUGCAGUCCAAUUGUGUUUGCUUCAGGUUAGGGAUAUAUCAUUCAAUGAAGUAAAAUUAGAUAAUGCCUUGUUAACACCUGUGUCAAGUGAGCUUCAGUCACUGAAAGACAGAUACAAAGAUAUCUUUGCUGAUCCUGAGUUGUUACCACCCCAUAGGGGUGUAUUUGACCAUACCAUUCCACUUGAACCAAAUGCAAGGCCAGUGAAUAUUAGACCAUAUAGGUAUCCACUCAAACAAAGGGAUAUUAUUGAGCAAUUGGUGCAAGAAAUGCUGGACAGAGGUAUAAUACAGAACAGUGCUAGCCCUUUUGCAUCCCCUGUGGUUUUGGUUGGGAAAAAAGAUGGUACAUGGAGGCUUUGUGUGGAUUACAGGGAGUUGAAUAGCAAGACCAUUAAGAAUAAAUUCCCUAUCCCUAUUAUUGAUGAGUUAAUUGAUGAACUAGCAGGUGCUACUGUGUUUAGCAAGCUUGACUUAAGAGCUGGUUAUCAUCAACUCAGGGUACAUGAUGAUGAUGUACACAAAACAGCUUUUAAAACUCAUGCUGGUCACUUUGAGUUUCUGGUCAUGCCAUUUGGCCUUACAAAUGCUCCAGCAUCUUUUCAAGGAUGGAUGUACAGUGUGUUUAAACCACUCUUGAGAAAGAGUGUAUUGGUGUUCUUUGAUGACAUAUUGGUGUACAACAAGACUAUAGAGGAUCAUUGGCAACACCUAGGUCAGGUGUUUGAACUCAUGAGACACAAUAUGAUGUUUGCUAAAGCUAGUAAAUGCAGCUUUGCCAUGGAAAGGGUGGAAUAUUUAGGACAUUAUAUUUCAGCUAAGGGAGUUGAAACUGAUCCACAGAAAAUUUCUGCAGUGGAAAGUUGGCAUGUUCCAUCAAAUGUUAAGGAGUUAAGAAGUUUUUUGGGCUUAACAGGUUAUUACAGAAAAUUUGUGCAGAAUUAUUCUCUUAUAUAUGCUUCAUGUAAGGGUAUUGGGGCUGUUUUGAUGCAAGAAAAUCACCCUUUGGCUUAUAUCAGUAGAACAUUGGGUUCCAAAUGGCAAAAGCUCUCUGUGUAUGAGAAGGAACUGCUGGCAAUUGUUUUUGCAGUUUAG